AUGAUUGAAAAACGAGCCAAUGGUGCAUUGCACGCAAAUCCAGAUGUUUUUCACUACCCAGCAAAUUCCGAUAUUAACAUCACAACCCGUGGAAGUGAUGUGUAUUGGGCUAUUACUGCUGCAAUGGCCUUUGCAACUAUAAUUUUCAUGGCUAUGAGCUUCCGAGUCCCACGAAGCAAGCGUGUUUUCCAUUACAUUACUGCGGCCAUUACUAUGACGGCCUCGAUUGCAUACUUUACCAUGGCAUCAAAUUUGGGCUACGCUUCCAUCAUUCAGGAAUUCCAACGUAGCGAUCCUAAAGUCAGUGGUGUAUAUCGGGAAAUCUUCUACGUGAGAUAUAUUGAUUGGGUUAUCACAACUCCUCUAUUACUCUUGGAUAUCCUCUUGACUGCAGGUCUUCCAUGGCCAACGAUAUUGUUCACAAUCUUUUUGGACGAGGUCAUGAUUAUCACUGGCCUCGUUGGUGCUCUCGUUGCAUCUUCUUAUAAAUGGGGAUAUUUCGUCUUCGCAAUGGCAGCUCUCUUUGGCAUUGCAUGGAACAUUCUCGUCGUCGGAGCCCAACACGCCAAAGCUUUAGGCACCGAAGUGAACAAAGUAUACUGGACUUGUGGAGGCAUCACCAUGUUCCUCUGGUUCAUCUACCCUAUCGCCUGGGGUCUUUCCGAGGGUGGUAACGUCAUUGCACCCGAUUCGGAAGCAGUUUUCUACGGCGUUCUCGAUGUCCUUGCCAAGAUUGGCUUUGGUGCUAUCUUGCUGUUUGGCCAUCGUAAUAUCGAUCCUGCGCAUCUGGGUCUGCAUAUUAGGGAUUACGAUGAGCAGCCAAGUACAUUCCAUGAUAAGGAUGGUGGUCAUCAUAAUGGUGCCCAUCAUGAUGGUGCACGUGUGCCGGUGACGAACAAUGCUGGCCAUCGUGAAGGACAGAAUACCCCAGCAGCCACUGCAGUUAACUCAAACCAUGCGGUGAAUGAUCCGGCAUUCAAUAGCACGGGUACUGUUCCCGUUAACUCUUCUGUUGUCUAA